AUGGAGUAUUUGAGUUUUUUGGGAUUAACUGAUACCCAAGCAAUCAGCACGGCUAGACCAACAACGACGACGAGGGUGAGAAACACCAUAGCAGUGCAUCGUACUAGCGGUGAGUGGCGGGGUCAGUUUGCUGGUGGUGGUGGCGGUGGAGGAGCCAUGGCGGAGCAGCCGAGUAUUUGUGCAGGACUUGUUAUGGUGGUUUGCAGACAUCCUUCACGUGCAGUUUCUACUGGUGCCCUGUGCGCCAUUGCUCGUACUAUUUCAAAUUUAGACGAUAUCCAGAUUCAGGUUAUCAUUGAUCUUCUUCCUUGCCUGCUUAACUUUUGGACACAAAAAGGAUGGUUUCCCAAGGAUUCCACAUGUCGGAUCAUUUCAGAAAUCAUUAGACGGAGUAAGGAUAAUUUGCAGGCUGUGAUUGAGGCUGGUAUUAUUUCACUUCUUCUCCAAGUGUUUCAAGAUGCUUACUAUUGUAAGGCUGCUGCUGAGGUUAUCUAUAAUGCCACGACUAAGGGAACUAAUGAGCAAAUCAAGUAA